AUGAGUGCCUUGGAAGGUAAAGUGAGUCGCUCUCAGUUUGAUGCCACCACUGAGCAGCUAAACAGCAUGAUGCAGGAGCUGCUGGGCAAAGUAAGUGGGCAAGAACAGGACUGGCUGAGAAUGCUGGAAAAGAUCAACCUGGAGAUGCAGAGUAAACUGGAUCGCAUGGAACUGGACCCUCUAAAAAAUAAGUUAGAGGAACGCUGGAAGGAAAUCCGCCGUCAACUGCAGGAAAAAACACCCCAGUACGAGUCUGAUGAUGCUGCUGGUAUUCGCAAGCAACUAUUCCACUGCCUGUCAUGUGACCGCCCUAUAGACAUGAUGGUUCCGGGACCACCUAUACUAACAAUCCCCAACAUUCCAGGACUACCGUCUCAUCGAUCCUUUCGGCCAUUCACAGUUUACGAACUGGAUCAAAUUCGGCAGUGCAACCGCAAUGAUCGCAUUGCUGACAUCACUGAACUUGGAUAUAUACCCAGUAACCGAAGCUGUGGGGGGAGCCACACACUGACCUUCCCAAAUCGGCGUUAUGUCAGGAUGCAGGGUAUCACCGUUCAAGAAGAAGAUCUGAUAGGAGUCGGUUUAAAGGACGAGAUUGAUAUUUUUGGAUCUGAUGGGCAAGUUUAUCAUGGGAGGAUGGACACCAGCUUACCAGCAAUACAUGUCAAAGAUGGAAAGUCUAAACGUGGGAAACAUCUUCAAGGAUCACAGAAAUCGCUUGUUAUGAACGAUGUCAGUGUGCCACCCCCCCCGCCCGCAGAGUGCCAAAUCUAUUAUUUCCUUAAGAAAACCAGUGUUAGAUGCCCAGAUACCUAGUCUCACAUGA